GCAAGACAGUCUAUUUAAUAUAACCCACACAAUAUAUCCAGCUUACAUAACCAAAUAAUAAUAAUUUCAAUGUCGGUAAUUGUGUGGUGGCUAGUAACGGCGGUUAUGGUGGCGGCUCACUCGGCCUCUGCCGGAUCCGCCGGAGUUGUAGAAUCGUACUGGGAGGUCGAGAAUCAAUUCCGGUCUCCGGAUUGUACAGAAGGCGUCGUUAUUGCCAUCAACGGUACGUUUCCAGGGCCAACGAUUUAUGCUAACGCCGGAGACACAGUCAUCAUUCACGUCAAAAAUAAACUCUCCACCGAAAAUGUUGUCAUCCAUUGGCACGGCAUACGUCAAAAUGGCACUCCAUGGUCAGAUGGAGCAGCGGGGGUGACGCAAUGUCCCAUUAAUCCUGGAGAGACUUUCACUUAUAAAUUCACUGUUGAUAAGGCAGGAACACAUUUCUACCACGGACACUACGGGAUGCAGAGAUCGGCUGGACUGUACGGGAUGAUGGUAGUGAGAUCGCCCAAAGAGACUUUGCAUUACGAUGAGUUUAAUCUGUUGCUCAGUGAUUGGUGGCAUCUAAGUAGUACCUUGCAAGAACUCUCUCUUUCUUCGAAGCCUAUGCGUUGGAUUGGGGAGCCUCAGAGUCUGUUGAUCAACGGAAGAGGACAGUUCGAUUGCUCACAAGCGGGGUAUUUUAACGAGGGAGGCUUGAAAGAGUGUAAUUUUACAAAAGAUGAUCCUUGCGCACCUACAACUCUAAGGGUCGAGCCUAAUAAAGUAUAUCGCCUUCGGAUCGCUAGCACCACUUCUCUUGCUUCCCUCAACUUAGCCGUUGAAGGACACCAACUAGAGGUCGUCGAAGCCGACGGCAACUACGUCGCUCCGUUCACCGUCGGCGACAUUGAUAUCUAUUCCGGCGAAACCUAUUCCGUUCUUCUCCGAACACAUAAUCCAUCUCCUCCAAGAAAGUACUGGAUCUCAGUCGGCGUUCGUGGCCGGAAACCCAACACUCCUCAAGCACUCACCGUGUUGCACUACGCCGGUGCUUCCGAAUCCGAACGCUUACCUUUUCCGCCGCGGGAGACUCCCAGGUGGGACGACUUCAACCGGAGCAAAGACUUCUCCAAGAAAAUCUUCGCCGCAAAAGGAUAUCCACCGCCACCUGAGAAAUCAAACGCGCAGCUCUUCCUCCUCAACACUCAGAAUCUCAUGGAAGGCUACACAAAGUGGGCUAUCAACAACCUCUCCUUAUCCGUCCCGGCGACGCCGUACAUCGGAUCCAUCAGAUACGGGCUACCGUUGGAGUAUUUAAAAUUUCCGGGCCCAGAGAUCAUAGAGAACUACGAUAUCAAUCAUCCUCCGGUGAAUCCCAACACAACCGUGAGUAGCGGUAUCUACAAUCUCACGAUGGGGAUGGUCGUGGACGUGAUCCUCCAGAACUCGAACGUUUUAAAGGGUGAAAUGAUAGAAUAA